AUGCCUAUAAAGGAUAAAGAAAAAGAUAUCAAGCCAAUCAUCAAACUUCCUUAUCCUCCGAGACAAAAGAAGAAAGACCAACAUAAAAAGAAUUUUGAGAAGUUCUUGGAGAUGUUUAAGAAACUUGAGAUAAACAUUCCAUUUUCUAUAGCUCUGGAGAAGAUGCCAAUAUAUGCCAAAUUCAUGAAAGACAUCAUAUCCAAAAAGUGCUCCACAAAUGUAGACCUAAUCAUCCUCACUGAAACUUGCAGUGCUAUUCUGCGAGGUAUGAAAAUUCUUGUGAAAAAUAAAGAUAGAGGGUGUGUAACUAUUCCUUGCACUAUUGGUGAUCGAAAAUUCAAGAAGGCUCUGAUUGAUUUGGGAGCUAUUGUGAGUUUGAUGCCGUUGUCCAUUUAUAAAAAAAUGGGCCUUGGCACCGUUCAAGACACUAGGAUGACUCUUCAGUUUGCUGAUCGAUCAAUUAGGCGACCUUAUGGAAUUGUGGAAGAUGUUCUGGUAAAGAUAGAUAAAUUUGUGUUUCCAGUUGAAUUUUUCAUUCUUGAGAUGCCUGAAUAUGAGGAGAUACCUCUUAUAUUGGGCAGGCCCUUUUUAGAAACAGGAUGGUGUAUGAUAAACAUAGAGGAAGGAACAAUGACCCUCAAAGUCUAUGAUGAAGAAUUGAAAAUUGAUGUUUGGAACACUAUGCAAAAAAAGACGAUGUUGGCACAAGUCACACUGUAG